AUGGAGAACGGAAAGUCCAACGGAGCCGCCACGAUGAAGUUACCGGAAAUCAAAUUCACCAAGCUUUUCAUCAACGGCCAGUUCGUCGAUGCUACUUCAGAGAAAACGUUCGAGUCGAUAGACCCAAGGAACGGUGAAGUGAUCGCGAAAGUAGCAGCAGGAGACAAAGAAGACGUUGACUUGGCCGUAAACGCUGCACGUCACGCCUUCGAUCAUGGUCCUUGGCCUCGCAUGAGUGGUUUCAUGAGGGCAAAGAUAAUCAACAAAUUUGCCGACCUAAUAGAGCAAAACAUUGAAGAAUUAGCUGCACUUGAUGCGGUUGACGGCGGAAAAAUGUUCCAUAUCGGAAAAUUGUCCGACAUUCCUUCUGCAGCCGGUCAUUUCCGGUACUAUGCGGGUGCAGCGGAUAAAUUCCACGGCGAGACUCUCAAAAUGACAAAACCGUCUAUGUUUGGAUACACGCUUAAAGAACCUAUUGGAGUUGUUGGUCACAUCAUUCCUUGGAAUUUUCCAAGCAUUAUGUUUGCCAUGAAAGUGGCUCCGGCUUUGGCUGCUGGCUGCACCAUGGUGGUCAAGCCAGCUGAGCAGACUCCACUCUCUGCCCUGUUCUUUGCCCAUCUCUCCAAAGAAGCAGGAUUCCCUGAUGGUGUGAUCAACGUGGUGACUGGAUUUGGAUCAACAGCUGGAGCCGCCAUUGCCUCCCACAUGGACAUAGACAAAGUUAGUUUCACGGGAUCAACAGAUGUUGGGAGGAAGAUAAUGCAAGCCGCGGCUACAAGCAAUCUCAAAAAAAUUUCUCUUGAAUUAGGUGGCAAGUCGCCUUUUCUUAUAUUCGACGACGCUGAUGCUGACAAAGCCGCACAUCUUGCACUUAUCGGUUGCUUCCACAACAAGGGUGAAAUCUGCGUGGCAGGCUCUCGUGUGUUUGUCCAAGAAGGUAUAUACGAUAAGGUUGUGAACAAAUUGGUUGAGAAGGCUAAAAACUGGAACGUUGGUGACCCUUUUGAUUCCACUUGUCAACACGGACCUCAGGUGGAUAAAAAACAAUUUGAGAAGAUUCUCUCUUACAUUGAGCACGGUAAAAACGAAGGUGCAACCUUAUUAACCGGAGGUAAAGCCAUUGGAGACAAAGGAUACUUCAUCGAACCAACAAUAUUUGCAGAUGUCACGGAAGACAUGAAGAUAUACAAAGAAGAAAUCUUUGGACCAGUCAUGUGUUUAAUGAAAUUCAAGACGAUAGAGGAAGGGAUCAAAUGCGCAAACAACACGAAAUACGGUCUUGCGGCAGGAAUAGUGAGCCAAAACAUAGACGUGAUCAACACGGUUUCGAGGUCGAUCAAAGCUGGAGUCAUUUGGGUCAACUGCUACUUCGCAUUUGAUCUCGACUCUCCUUACGGUGGCUACAAAGCGAGUGGCAACUGUCGUGAAAGCGGCAUGGACGCUCUCGACAACUACCUACAAGUCAAAGCCAUUGCUAUGCCUCUUCUCAAUUCCCCUUGGCAGUAG